AAACAAAACUGACAGACAAAACCGAAGAUUCUUUCUCUCUCCCAAUUCGGGAUCUUCUCUUACUCAAAUGUAGCGGGAAAUUCUUCCAUGAGAGAGAGCAUCGGAGGCUUGAUUGGGUAAUCUGCCACACAAUCUUUGCUUGAUCGAGUCCUGAAUCGAGAGUAGGGGAGGGGCUGUGGUUGGAGCAAGAUGUCGGACCAUCCGAAGAACCAAUGCACAUCUUCUUCGCAUCGGGUUUUGGUGGAUAACGCGAAGAAUCGGCUAAACGAUCUUCAGGAAAGGUUCUGCAAUCUUCAGGCUGCCAGGAAGGAGGGACGGUUCGGUGAUCUUGUAGUUCUGGAGGAGCAAGUCUAUCAGAGCCUCCGCGAAUGGCAAGCUGAACUCAACGCGCCUUCUCCCGCUUCGUCUCUUCUGGGUGGAAGUAUCGGAUUGUUCUCUGAUGAGAUAGCCCGUUUAUUGCAAUUACAUGAUGAGGAGGACGACGCGACUAGUGCAUUAAAGGAACCCACUGCACUGGAGCCUGAGAGUUUUGCUCAAGGCUCGUCCCAUGCUGAACCCGCAGAACUGAAACCCGAGCCUUUCUGUCAAAGCCCUUUUAACAUUACUUUCUCCAGUUCUCAGGAGGAACCUACUAAUAACAUCAAUACGCAUGGCUAUCAACAGCAUUAUGCAUUUCAAGGGUUUGAUCAAAGCAGUAACACCACAUCUACCCUCCAUGACCCAGCAAUUGGCAACCUUGAUAUAACUUCUCAGUUAGAUUACCAUCUCCUAGAAAUGCGUCAACAGCUCGAUGGCAACCUUCCUGUCAAGCUCGAUGCUACUGAAGAGUGUGAAAAUUAUGUUGAUCUCGAUAUUCCAUCAAAUACCUGCAUACCUCCUUCUGCUUUCCUGGGCCCAAAAUGUGCUCUUUGGGAUUGUACAAGACCUGCGCAAGGAUUUGAUUGGUACCAAGUUUAUUGCAGCAGCUAUCAUGCUACUCUUGCUCUGAGUGAGGAUUCGCCCGGUACAAAACCUGUUCUAAGACCAGGGGGCAUUAGUUUGAAGGAUAAUCUAUUGAUCGAUGCUCUUCGUGCAAAGACUCAGGGUAAGAAUGUCGGGAUCCCUGAGUGUGAAGGAGCUGUGAACACAAAAUGCCCAUGGAAUGCAACAGAGCUGUUUGACCUGGUGAUGGUCGAGGGUGAAACAAUUAGGGAAUGGCUCUUCUUCGACAAACCAAGAAAAGCAUUUGAAAGUGGGAACAGAAAGCAGAGAUCACUGCCGGAUUAUAGCGGACGAGGUUGGCAUGAAUCGAGGAAACAACUGAUGAAGGAACAAGGCGGACAAAAGAGAUCGUACUAUAUGGACCCACAGCCUCCUGGCUCCUUCGAGUGGCACCUCUUCGAAUACCAGAUCGAUGAAUGUGAUCUCUGCGCUCUAUACAGGCUAGAACUCAAGUUAACCAACACGAAGAAGAGCCCAAAGGCAAAAGUUACGAAAGACUCUCUGGCCGAUCUGCAGAAGAAGAUGGGACAGCUAACUGCCGAAGUCAUUUCAGACAAGACCUCGCCUCCAUCCAAGGGUCGGAAUAAGGCGGCUUCCAAAGGAGUUCACUUGGCUAUGGACAGUCCAGCUAAAGAAGACGACAACACCAUAACUGCUGCUCCGUCUAACGACACUCCCUAACAGUUAAGGCUAUAGAUCUUCAAAUAGUUGAGUGAGUAGUGUCAGUAUUACAUCAUUUUGACAGUUUCAUCAAAAGGUGGUUCUUCUAAAGGUUGUAUGUACAGAUAAAUGCUGGAUUUGUGUCUCAUGGCAGCCUGCAGAUGGGAUUGUAGAUGUCCGGCAGUGUGAAUAGGGAGUCUCUCUCUCCCUCACUCUCUCUCUCUCUCUCUCAAAUUAAGCUGGGCAAAAAUUUCAUGUUGUUGCCAUGAGAUGGUUUCUUUCUACAAGAGAUUUGCAUGGUUUUCCUU